CCGAGACCCCAGGAUUACAAGGCCAGCGUUCUAACCGCUAGACCACCGUUAUCUUCGCAAAAAGCAUUGAAAUUACGGAGUGUAUAAAAUUAAUUCACAGAAUAAAUUGAACAUUCACGGCGAUUAAGGCCACAGUCCUAACAAACUCAGCAAUACAAAACCCGACCGCCUGUUUGCAGGCUCCCACGAAACGAAGACUCCCCCAGGCUCCACCAUAGGCGCCACUACAGCCUCGUUCACAGAGUUUUAAGGUUUCUUCACGCAUCGAACUCUCCCAGCCAAGCGUGACGGACAUUGGCUAUUAUAUUAGGAGUAAACAAAAGUAUGUUUUUAUGCUUCAGAGAGUUCUGAUUUUUAAUUCUUUGCUGACUCAAUUAAAAGUAAAAAUACAAUUUAGUUGCGUCGAAUGAGAUAAGACGAUAUGAUAAUGUAACAGGGGAAAAUCAGUCCCGAAAUUCGACAAAGUUACAGGAGCUGAAUUAUGCAACGUUUCAAAAGUGCCUUUGCUCUGGUAAAUAUUUCAUUUGAUAAAUUAACCUUUAUUUGUAAUUUCAACGUGAAUGAAUGAUUCUAAUGUAGUAUUUAGUUAUAUUUCUUUAACUACUGAUUCUUCCUAUAUAACGUUAUAUUAAAGAGCAUAGAGAAUACAAGAACACGAAGAAGGGGGACCUAUUUAAAAUUAUAGUCUUAUAAUUCGCCCGGAGACACCGAGAAAAUUCGAUAAUGUCAGUCACAUUAACUUUUAAAGUCAACAGAAAUGUCACUUAUGUUUUGACGUAUAUUUAAAAGAAAUGCAGUUUAAGGCCAUCAGAUAUGUUUCGUAGAAGUGUGUAAAAGAAACGUUGGAAGGUCAGAGAGGUAUGAACAGAGCUAUCAGGCUAUCACUUCAGCGAGGGUCUACCAGUCUGGUUCGUUCUAGCGAGUAGAUCGGCAGUGUUACCACAACUUGCGAGCCGACAGCAUCGGGCGAGUGGCUCAAAUAGAAGAAGAAGAAGAUGGUAGCACCGGCUGAAUCGGACUAUGGGCUCCACAACAGAGGUUUUUCAAUGGAAGGAAACAGUGCCGAAGUCCUUCCUGGAAGGAGUACAGAAUCGUUUCCGGCCGGAAGUACAGAGGUACUGAACAAAGUGGAGCUGAAACGAGAACUGGGGCUCUUCAGCGCCGUGAACCUGACCAUCAGCUGCAUGAUAGGCUCUGGAAUCUUUGUGUCCCCAUCAAUAACACUGGAACGGUCUGGAUCUGUGGGGCUAUGUCUUAUUAUUUGGGCAGUGUGUGGAGUCAUCACUUUAAUGGGAGCAUUAUCAUAUGCUGAACUCAGCUCAGUUGUCCCUCGUUCUGGGGCAGAGUACGCUUACUUCCUUGAAGCAUACAGAGGCCUGCACAAGUUUUGGGGCCCUCUUCCAUGCUUUAUUUGUGCUUUUAUCCAAGUCUGUAUUAUCAACCCCACAGCAGGAGCAAUUAUGGUAUUGACAUUCUCUGAGUACAUAUGCCAGCCAUUUGUAGGUUAUAUGAAUGGCUUGACACUGGAAUCACAGGAUAUAGUGAAGAAGAUUAUUGCAAUUCUUGGAUUAUGCCUGCUGACGUUCAUAAAUUUCAUGAGUGUGAAACUGUAUGUUCGAAUCCAGAAUGUGUUCUCUAUCGGCAAGCUUGUUGUUUGUGGAGUUGUUAUUGUCGCUGGAGUUGUCAUGCUUUGUACUGGAAAAACAGAGAAUCUGUCAAAAGGUUUUGAUGGCUCAUCAACAUCUCCAGACAAAUUGGCUUUGGCAUUCUAUGGUUGCCUUUGGGCUUAUGGUGGAUGGGCAACUGUUACAGUCAUCACAGAAGAGGUUAGGAAUCCAGAAGUCAAUGUUCUGCGCAGCAUUAUAAUUGCCGUUCCCCUCGUGGCAGCAGUGUACCUCUUGAUGAACAUAGCCUACAUGACAGUACUUACAGUCCCAGAAAUGACUGCAGCACCAGCAGUAGCUGUGGUUUUUGGUGACAGAUUGCUUGGGGUCAUGAGUUUCAUAAUUCCUGUUGGUGUUGCGAUGUCAACAUUUGGUUCUGCGUUAACUAGUCAAUUUGCUACUGCUAGGCAGUGCUAUGUAGCUGGAACAGAAGGCCACAUGAUCGAAGCAUUCUCCUACAUACACCUUAGACGCCUCACUCCUGCACCAGCUGUUAUCUUGCAGGGUUUCUUGUCAUUCUUGUUCAUCAUUGCUGGCGAUAUAACAACACUGAUUGACUUUUGUAGUUUCCUUAUUUGGAUAUUCUAUGCAUUGGCAAUGGUGGCCCUUAUGAUCAUGCGGAAGACAAAGAAAGAUGUUAAAAGAACUUACAAGGUUCCACUUUUUGCUCCAGUACUUGUUAUCAUUGCGGCGUUGUUCCUGUGUUUGGUGCCAAUCAUCUUAGACCCAUCACUAAGUUAUUUCUUUGCCCUGUUUUUGAUUGGGCUUGGAUUUAUUUUAUACAUACCUUUAGUCUAUUACAAAUUUCGACUAAAAUGGAUGGAUAACUUCACUUAUUUCAUACAAGUUCUCAUGGAGGUUAUUCCUUCUGAGAAUAAUUUAGAUGUUGACAAAAAGACUUAACUCUCAAGUCAGUGGAUUUCAAUGUACCUGUGCACGUUUGAUGAAAAAAGUCAUUUUUGUGUAUAUGUAAAUAUUUUUUAUAUUUACAUGUAAAUAAGCAGAAAUAAAAUGUUAAUAUUUAUGAGUUUGUAA